CUUUGCAAACACAUUUUGGUGAGAAAACGACAGGGAAAGAUGGUGAUAUCAAACAAGGACUUGAAUCACUGGCAAACCUGGAAUAGAUAAGGAGAAACCCAUCAACACCCGACCAGCUCUGGUGAUGAACAUCUUCCAGCUGCGGGAAUUGAAGAUGUGGGUGUUCAUGGGCCUGGUCUACCUCUGUCACUGUGUCCUCGGGCAACUCUUCGAGGCCAAGAUGAAAGGAGCUCCGCGUCUGGUCUGCAGUGCUCCUGGGUCACCAGGCCUGCCGGGCAAGCCUGGUCCACCUGGUCCUCCGGGAGAGUUUGGUAAUGUGGGUAUCCCUGGCAGAGAUGGCCGAGAUGGCAGGAAAGGGGAAAAGGGACAAAAGGGAGCAACAGGUUUUAAAGGCAGGGUUGGACCCACAGGUAGGAUCGGGGAGCGAGGGGAACGAGGCCCCACUGGGAAGCAAGGUCCCACAGGGGAAAACGGAGAUGUUGGCCCACCGGGACUUUUUGGGCCUGAUGGACAAAAGGGAGAAAAGGGUCAGCGUGGAGAGCGCGGCACUGCUGGGUUCUGUAAAUGUGGCAGCCUUUUGCCCAAGUCAGCCUUCUCUGUCAGCAUCACCAGUAGCUAUCCUGCCGAAAACCUGCCCAUCAAGUUUAACAAAAUUCUGUUUGACGAAGGGGGACAUUACAACCCUCAGACUGGUAAGUUCAUCUGUGCGUACCCAGGAAUUUACUACUUCUCCUAUGACAUCACGCUGGCCAACAAACACUUGGCGAUAGGUUUGGUGCAGAAUGGCCAGUAUCGCAUUAAAACAUUUGACGCCAACACAGGCAACCAUGACGUGGCGUCCGGUUCCACCGUCAUGUAUCUGAACCCGGAAGAUGAAGUGUGGAUGGAAAUCUUCUACCAAGACCAGAACGGUUUAUUUGCUGAUCCAGGAUGGGCCGACAGCCUGUUCUCGGGCUUCCUUCUAUAUGCUGACACAAACUAUUUUGAUGCACUGGCAGAGGACUAUGCAUAGACCUGAAAAACACGCAUCCACUCAAAAUCAAAACUGCUUGUUGGUGAUGUUUUCAUACUUUGGCGAAUGUUAUACUUGAGUACAUCUCACAGUAAUUGUUUUUUGUACAAAAAUCUCGGUCUACUGAUGUAAAAUAUACCAUCUGAUCAAACUUGAAGGAGUCGCUCAUUUUUUAUGUGAAAGCUUCCCAACAUGGAAUAAAGAAGAUUAUGUUCAUAAUUUGA